AUGGAAGCUAACAAGGACAAAGACAUUAACCUCCUAGAGCAAUCCAUUCGGGAAAAGGAAGUCCAGGAUGGAAACAAUACUGAUUCCGGUAAUUCCGAGCACGUUUUGAUCUUUAUAAUUAUUUACGUUCGUCUCGGUGCCGAUGUUCUCACAGAGCAGCAAAUGUUUUACGGCUACAAGGCAGAAUGGGGCUUCCAGAUCCUCAUUACUUUCUCCACAUUUCUAAUCGGGUUCUGCCUUGCCGGGCUAUUUCGGGCGAUUGUAGUCGUUCCCCCAGAGCUGAUUUGGCCUGGGGUUCUGGGUGUUACUGCAUUGACCACAACCCUGCACCAUGUCAACCAGGAACAAGUGCAAGUGCGUUACAAUACUUGGAAAAUGUCUCGCUAUGCCUUCUUCACUAUAGCAUUUUGCGUCUCGUUCUGCUGGUAUUGGUUUCCGGGGUUCAUCUUCCCGGCGCUUAGCUAUUUCAGCUUUCCGUGUUGGAUCAAGCCUGAGAGCAAAGUAGUCAAUCAGAUCUUCGGAAUGAGUUCCGGAAUGGGACUGUUACCGAUUACCUUUGAUUGGAGCCAAAUAUCUUACGUUGGGUCUCCCUUGCUCAUUCCUUCGUGGGCGGUUCUCAACGUCUUCAUUUCCCUGGUGUUCUGGAUUUGGAUUGUGGCUGUCGCUUGUUACUAUACCAAUGUGUGGAACACAGGAUACCUUCCUUUUCAAAGCUCUCAAGUCUUCGACAAUACUGGAAAUACUUACCAAGUCAAAAAGAUUGUCAAUGCGGCUUCAGGCUACAAGCUCGAUGUUAAGAAGUACCUUGCCUAUUCACCGGUCUAUAUGCCGGUUACCUACGCGUUGAACAUGUUUGGGCUAUCAUUUACCACCCUAAGUCUUCUUGUUUGGGCUCUCCUUGAAAAACGUCAAGUCAUGGUCGAUGCAGCUAAAAGGGUGCCUCGGCUUGUCCUAGAGUCCCUUCCCGGGCGCUCCAGAGAGUAUAGUGAGGACGAGAGGGGAGACCCAGAUGUGCCUUUGUGGUGGUAUUUGGUUGCAUGUAUCGUGGCGUUAUUCAUGGCAAUGUUCGCUGUUCAGUGGUGGCAAGUUGAACUGAGAUGGUACGGUGUUUUGCUGGCAUGUGCUGUGGCAGUGGUAUUCUAUCCUGCGCUGGCUUUGGUCUAUGCCACUUCUAACCUCAAGAUCAACAUCGAUAUUUUCUGCCGUAUCGUGGCUGGUUUCGUCUUUGAGGGCAAAGUCCUGGCCAAUAUCUGGUUCUUUGAUAUCGGGUACAUCACGACCAUCAAGGGUCUUUACUUUGCCCAGGAUCGCUCUCCUUUCCGGCUAUUGUUGGACUAUGCUGAUACCCCGAAGAUCCCCCAACGAAAACUGUUCUUGGUUCAAUGCGUUGGGAUGCUUGUCGGCACCCUCUCCUCACUCGGUGUCCUCAACUGGGCCAUGAAUCACAUCGCCGGUAUCUGCACCAGCGCUGCUGUCAAUGGUUUCAGUUGCCCUUACAGCAGCACUCACUUCAAUACUUCUUUGAUCUGGGGUGCAGUGGGCCCUCGUCGCUAUUUCUCAAACCAUAUUGGCUAUUCCGCUUUGCUUUAUUUCUUCAUAAUCGGUGCCAUUUUACCCAUUCCUGUCUAUGAUAUGGCCCGCAGAUACCCCAAGUCGCUGUGGAAGAGGGUUCAUGUUCCCCUAUUCAUUGGGGGGCUGAAUUACCUUCCCCCUGCGAUGGAAAUGAACUACAGCAGUUGGGCAGUUGCCGGACUCACUUUUGGCUGGCUUAUUCGAAAGCGUCUGCCGAGCUGGUGGAGUAAGUAUAACUUUGUGCUUAGUUCUGCUAUGGACUCGUCUGUGGGAAUUGCUGGUGCGUUGAUUUUCUUGACAAUUUAUUUCACCGGAGCCAGCAAACAUCUCAACUGGUGGGGAACAGAGGUUCAUAAGAACACCUGUGACUGGAAAGGGUGUGCAUAUCUUUCUGUGCCAAAGGGCAGAAAGUUCGGCAUGUAG